AAACACCGAGUUCAAGGUUGAAGCAUUGGUAGACGGUUCGAAUAACUACAGAUAGUAGACGCCAAUAGUUAUCCUCACGUUUCACAGUAAAGCUAAAUAGUUAUUAUGCGUCUACUGAUUCUUGAAGAUCCUGAAGAAGUUGCAGUAUGGGCUGCUAAAUACGUAAUGAAAAAGAUAACUGACUUCAGGCCAUCUGAAUCGAGAUACUUUGUUCUUGGUCUUCCAACCGGUUCAACUCCUUUGGGUAUGUACAAGCGGUUAAUUGAAUUUCACCAUGAUGGCAAACUUAGUUUUCGGUAUGUGAAAACCUUCAAUAUGGACGAGUAUUUGGGAUUGUCUCACGAUCAUCCACAAUCUUACCAUUACUACAUGUAUCAUAAUUUUUUCAAACACAUAGAUAUAGAUCCGAAAAAUGUGCAUAUACUCAAUGGAACAACUAAUGAUCCAGAGGCCGAAUGCGAAAUGUUUGAAAUGGAGAUAAAGAAAGCUGGAGGUAUUCACUUGUUUGUUGGUGGAAUAGGCCCGGAUGGUCAUAUCGCCUUUAACGAGCCAGGUUCUAGCUUAGUAUCUCGCACACGUGUCAAAACACUGGCAAAGGAGACUAUUGUAGCUAAUGCUAGAUUUUUUGGAGAUAACAUGUCUCAGGUUCCUGAGCGUUGCUUGACAGUGGGAGUUGGAACGGUAAUGGAUGCUAAUGAGGUUAUGAUUCUAGUCACUGGGACUUCUAAAGCAUUAGCAUUGCAGAAAGCAAUCGAAGAGGGAGUAAGUCAUAUGUGGACAGUAUCUGCUUUCCAGCAUCAUAAGAAAGCUAUAUUUGUUGUUGAUGAAGAUGCGACAAUGGAACUCCGCACAAAAACUGUUCGUUAUUUUAAAGACCUAGACAGUAUACAUCGCAAGCUAAAUGAAAUAUCAUUUUAGUUAUGUUUUGCUUACAGAUGUCCUAGUGAUUUUAAAUAAAACAUUGUGACAA